AUGGCAGUCUCCAUACCCAUAGUGGCCAUCGUCACCUCUCUGCACCUCAUCGCCUUCGUUUUCGCCGUCGGUGCUGAACGACGCCGUAGCACGGCUAAGAUAGUGCCUGAUGAGUACGACGAGCGCACCUACUGCGUUUACGGGACGGACGCUUCUACGGCGUACGGAUUAGCGGCGUUUGGGCUGCUUUUCGUCAGCCAGACGGUGCUAAACGGCGUCACGAGGUGUCUCUGCUGCGGCAAAGGCUUAGUGACUGGCAGCUCCACCACUUGGACCGUCUUCUUCUUCGUCUUCUCCUGGACAAGCUUUUUGGGAGCCGAGGCAUGCUUAUUGGCAGGGUCAGCAAAGAAUGCGUACCACACCAAGUACCGGGGAAUCUUUAACGCAGAUGACUUGUCCUGUUCCACUCUGCGUAAGGGCGUGUUUGCAGCCGCGGCUGCUCUUACACUGUUGUCAUUGGCAGGGUCAAGUUUUUACUACUGGGCACAUUCCAAAGCUGAUACUGGGGGAUGGGAGAAGCACAGAAAUGAAGGCCUUGACAUGAGCACUUCUAAUUAUGCAAAUCAUGAGCAGCAGCAACAGCAAACCAGUGGAUUUGAGAAGGUAUAG